UGCACGCGCUCAGCCUGGGGAUGCAGGAGCUUGUGCGAUGGCUCCCGCCAUGCAGUCGGCCCAGCUCCAGUUCGCCCAGCGGCUGGCCUCCAGCGAGAAGGGUGUCCGCGACCGCGCAGUGAGGAAGCUGCGGCAGUAUCUCAGCGCGAGGACGCAGAGCGACACAGGAGGUUUCAGUCAGGAUGAACUCCUAAAAAUAUGGAGAGGACUCUUCUACUGCAUGUGGGUUCAGGACGAACCCCUUCUGCAGGAGGAGCUAGCGAACAUUAUUUCCCAACUCAUCCAUGUUGUUCACAGCUCAGAGGCUCAACACCUGUUCCUUCAGACCUUCUGGCAAACCAUGAACCGAGAGUGGGAAGAGACAACAGACGAGCUACAGCUGGACAAGUACUGCAUGCUGAUCCACCUGGUCCUGAGGCAGUCCUUUGAAGUUCUCAAGCGGAAGGCCUGGGAAGAAAGCCAAAUCAAACUUUUCCUGGGCGUCCUGAUGAAGGAGAUCCUGAGUCCCGAGAGUCAGUCUUCCGACGGAGUGAGAAACCACUUGAUUGAUGCCUAUUUGGAUGAGCUUUCCAUUGUGGGAGGGAGAGAGCUUUUAGCAGAUCAGAACCUCAAGCUAAUUGAUCCAUUCUGCAGAAUUGCCGCCAAAACUAAGGACCACGCACUGGUACAGACUAUAGCUAGGGAUGUUUUUGAAGUCAUUAUAGAUCAGUCUGCAUUUGUACCUGAAGAGACUGUGGAGGAGCAGAGAACCAAAGUGGGUGACAGUGGCCUCUCUACCCGAGAGACCCCUGAAGACAAGCUGGCCUGUACAAAAGCAGUCCGCGGGAAGAAGGCUGCACUGGGUGAAUGCCUCGGAGAUGGAGCCCUUGGCAACAGAGAAAGAGAUGGCUGUGCAGCAUUCAAGAAUUCAGGGUCAUCUCUCCAGUUUGAUUUAAAUGCUGUUGCUGAUCGACUCUUGGAAAUAGCCAACUCAAAGAGCACCCCUCCCUUCAACCGGAAGCGGCUCUUCAGACUGAUCAGAAAGUUCCGGGACCCCUCUGAAGGCAAUAGUGCUCAACUCAGUUUUGCUCAGGACGUUAGUGCUGAUGAAAAUGGUCAAGCCCUCAGUCAGAGGAAGGACAAGAAGAAAAGAAAGAAGCUUUUAGAGAGAGCUGCCUUGGACAAGGAGAAAGGAAACACAGUCUCUCUUGAUGGUGAAGAGGACAAUGGAGGCAACAUUCCCAAGAAGAAAAAGAAAAAGAAGAAGAAGAGCCACUUUCAGGCUGAGACUCAGGACUUGGGUGCUGUUAUCAUGCCCCCAGCAGAUAGAACUGACCUUGAGCCCAACAAUGCCAAGAGGCAGACCCCACAGGCAAGUGUGACUGGGCCUGCAGCAGAGCCCACAGCUAGCAUCCAAGAGAACAGCUCCGAGCCAACACCCAUCUUUCCCACGCACAAGAAAAGGAAGUGGCCAAGAAAGAAGAGCCUGAGGGCCCACAGAGAGUUUUGGAAAUCUACCCCUUUGUCUCAGGAGGAUGUAGCAGAGAAUGAUCCUAGCAGUGACCGGCCCCAGAGCUCUGCUGCCCAAGUUUCUUCCUCAGAAGGUGUCCAACGGAAGAGGAAACGGAAACUCGGGGCUGUCCCUGUCAACAGUGGUGACUUGACUGUGCAGAAGGCAGGUACCCCAACAAGCCCUAGCGAAGAGAAAGAUAGCCAGACCAUCCUGCCCCUGUGCAAGAGGCCACAGAAGAAGACAGUGUCCUGCAGUCUUGACCUCCAUGAUCUGUCCAUUAAAAAAUCAGCAAUUUUAAAAAAGAAGAAGAAAAUGAAGCUGAUGUCAAAGUUGGUGGAACACAACAGAGUGACUGAGUCCAGCGCCGGGCAGAUCCCAGCUCUGGAAAGCAUCAGGACUCUGAAAAAGCCGCUGAAAACGGAGGAUGACUUUGUGAAGUUUGACACCCACUUCUUACCAAAGCCCCUGUUCUUCAGGAAAGCCAAAAGCAGCUCUGCCAUCCGUCCCCAAAGUCCUGCUGUCCAGCUGAAUAAAACACCCUCCAGCUCCAAGAAAGUCACCUUUGGAUUGAAUAGAAACAUGACUGCAGAAUUUAAGAAGACAGACAAGAGUAUCCUGGUCAGCCCCACAGGCCUCUCCAGAGUGGCCUUUAACCCUGAGCAGAGGCCGCUGCACGGAGUGCUGAAGACGCCAACCAGCUCCCCUGCCAGCACUCCUACGUCAACCAUGAAGCUACCAGCCACCACUCCGAAAAGAAGGCCAAGGGCUGCGGACUUUUUCUGAGAGCCAGCAUCCCUUUUUAAGGACUGCUUUUAUACUGGAUAUUCUAUAAAUUAUAACUUUUAAAUGUGGGCUUUUUAAUUAUUUUACAAAUCCCCGUGAACGGGGCAAAUGUUCCAGGCCUGUCCCUGUCCGUCCUUGCCUGAGGUGCGGGCCAUGGUUCUGGUCUGAGUCCAUGCACGCACUCAGAGGAGGACUAAGUGAUGUGAUAUAAGGAGCCCCUCUCCUCGGUGCCCAUUGCUGCACUACCGCAGUCGGUGCCGUUCCGGCUACUCGUCUAAGUCUGCCCUUGUGAAAGCAUGUCAGCUGCGGGCCCAUUCUGUGGAUUCUGUGGGCGUUUGGCUGUUUCUCUUGAAUGAGCAAUAGUGUAGCCUUUCUACGUGUGACCAGCACGGGGUGGACAGGUGCGGGGUGGAGAAAAGCCACUCUGUCCAUGAGGCUUUUUCUCCUCGGCCUGACCUGUCCCUGUCUUCCUACCUCUAUAGCAAGCCCAAAGUGUCUUUUCAGGAGGGCCAGUGCCCCCAGGCUGCUGCCCACACUAGCACAGUUUCCCAGGCCUCGGGCAUAGUUCUCAAGCUUAGUGAGUGAGCCCAGGGCCUCUCUGGCUGCACCUGCUUUUUUUUUUUCCCCAGUGUUGUCUGGACCCCAGGCUCUUGGCAGAACAGGAAGUUGUCUGCCUGGAAGUACAUGUGCUGACAGCUCUGUUACCUAGAACACAAGCACCUGCAUCCGCAGGUUUUCUGCAACUCUUCGAGCUUGCAUUAGUGCAGAAUCCCGGGGAGAUGCUCAGGCUUCCAUUUGAAACAAAUCUGACUUUUUUUUCAGAGCAAAGCCUGCUUUGGCAAUUGGCCUUGUCUAAGGAAACUACCUUGGGUCUGAAGGGUGGAGCCUCUCAGGAAGGAGCACAGCCAGAGGCCCAGAUCCUCCUGGUUUUGCCUUGAGGCCCUGGCUCCCAAGCAUUCAAAGUGCUAUCAGUUUGCCCUAUGCUCAGGGUAUGCCCAGGUACCUCCUACUCUGUGCACCCUUGUGCAGAAGCCCCAGUAGAGGAUGGCAGGUCACUACUGCAGGGAUCGCAGAGUUGCUACGUCUGCCUCUGGCUUUACUCCUAAACACAGUCGAGGGGUCCACUUCCUGUUGUUGGACCAACUGACUCAUGGAUAACAUUCCUGAGAGGAAUGAAAUGACUUUGUCUUUUGCCUGCUCAGUAAUGAAGUAUAUCAAUAGGCCAUAAAAAAUAGAGAUAUUAUGCUGUUCUCAGAAUAGGUCGUGUGCAGUGUAACUUGUGGUGGCAUGACCACAGUGUGCUGAGUUUGACAGUCAUACUCAAAACAAAACCUGUGUAGAAAAGAUUAAGGUUAAGGCAGCAACUGCCGCUAGCUUUUCAUUUACAAAGUUCAACAUGUCCAGUAAUUUUUUUUUUCAUUUUAAAGUUAUGUUAUAUAGCCAAGUUUUGUGAAGCAGCAGGCAGCGGUGGUAGAAACAUCCGCAGUAUUUUCACGCUAGCUACCCAUCCUCAGGGACCAGUGAGCAUCCUGGAAGCACAUGUAAUUCCUGCCGAAAUUACUCCCGGGGCAGAGGGCAACCUCUGGGUGCUGGGUUUACAGGUGGGCACUGCUGUGCCAGACCAAGAUUUUUGGUUUUAUUUCUUAUGCGCACAAACACGGAGGCUCUGCCACGUGAAGGAGUACAUUUAGGAUGCCAUGGUUGUCCUUGAUGUGUGUUAUUUCCUCAAGUAAAAUUGCCGGGGAGACCGGAGAAGCAGAUCUUAGUGCUGGUGACCUAAACAGCACUUGGGAAGAUGAUGGUCUUAGGAGUGUGGAUAUGGUCAUUUUUACAGUUUAAUUUCAAACUUUCUUUUUUCUCCCAGCUCCCCACUAGCUCUCAUGUAUCCCAUGUGGCCCCACACUGGUGGUCCUGCCUCAUCCUCCCUAGUGCUGGGACACAGUCCCCUUUCCGAACUGAAGCACAGGGAGCCUGAGGACUCAGGAAGUAGUGGCCUCCCUGGGAAGUAGGUUUGUGUUCUCUCUGGAUCACCAACUGCCCACAGUGUAGUUUGUUUACGAUCAAAUUGUAUUGGUUUCUCCAGGGCUUGUCAGUACAAAUCAAAGCCAAGAGCAAUUAAAAGAAAUAUGUUU